CUAUGUUGCUUGUCUUACUUGCCGCGAAUAUUUCUCCGCCUUCUCUUCCUCUACCCCAAGUCUCUGGAACCUGAACCCUAACCCUGCAUUUCUAUCGCCGGUUCUGUACCAUGUCCGACUUUGCGGCACUGUCUGACGAGCCGUCGACUUCGGCGACUCCUUCCGCGUCGAAUCCGGUCAGCGGGAAGCCAGUGGUCGUUAGGGUUAAGCGGAAGUCCUUCCAGUCGAGAGUCGAUGCAUUCUGGCUGGAAAUCAAUGGAAGGCCACUCAAGAGGCAAUUGUUGGAUUUCGCGAACCUCUCUAUCUCUGAUGCUGACACAGGAAAAGUUUUGGAGGAGUUUGGAACAAAGAAGCUAUUAGUGCAGCAUCUUGAGACAGUGAGGGCCUCUGAGGAUAUCAAAGAUAUGCUGCAUUGUUUUCUGCAUGAUUCCAGUUACUCAAAGGAGUUGAAGGGGAGGUCCGAAGAGCGGGGAAGCAUUCUUAAACCAGAUAAAAAACAAGAUCAGCUGCGGUCUGUGGCUGUAAAAAAGCACGAGGAUCUUGCUCGAAAUGCUCGAUAUGAACAAAUAUGGAAGAGCAGAAGGGGAUGUACAGAUGCAGCAGAAGAGGGUUUACAUGAAAUAUGUCGUCUGUAUGACAUUGUCCGAGUUGACCUUGAGCAUGAAACUAAUGAAAGGGUGCAUAAGCCCGAUUUUAUUUCUGCUGAUGAUGGUGCAAUCUUGUGUAACUAUGUGCCACUUUUAAGGGAAUAUCUUCCAGAAACAGCUGUAGAGAUUGAAUCUGGCAUCAGGGAGUCUAAAGAAGAUAACUAUGUUUAUGACCUGUAUACUGUUGGUGAUGGUCUGGUCACAACCACCAGAGACACAACCAAGUUUCCGCUAGUGCAGGUAGCCGAUGAUGACUUUUAUGAGGGACCAUUGGAAUCUGAUUAUGAAACUGAUGAUUCAAAUGCUGAAUGCAAUACGCGGAAUGAUUAUCCUGAUGAAGAGUCAUCUGGAGAUGAAGCCAAAGGUGAAGAUAGAGAUGAUUUCUUUGAUGACCUAGAAGGUUCAGAUUCAGAUUCAGAUUCGCAGGAAGAAGUUGAUUUUGAUGAAGAAGUUGAUAGUGAUGAAAAAGCUGAUAUUGAUAAAGAAGAUGACAAGGACUAGAGAUGGGGGAUACCGUUAAAAUGCUCGAUAGCUAUUCAAUCUCUGAGACAAUGAAGUUGGAAAGAACCAUGCUUUUGCAGCGUACUUUGCCCCGGGUUGAAGACAUCUCGAACAGUCCAUUUUAGUGUUUGAGGAUGCCGAAGAAUCUUGAGAAGCGCAAUGUUGUAGUUAAAAACAUCUAUAGUGAAGUCCUUUGAUGCUGAAACUGCUUUCAGA